UCCACUCUCGCGGGCUCCACAUCAACGUUUGGCGUUUUUUCAACGACGGGUCUAGUGUGUGUGCGUGCCACUCGAAACACAAGUGAAAAGACUCGAGAAAACAAAAGUGCAGACUCUCUAAAUUGAUGACGAAGUUUCGUGUGCCGCCUGCAUUUCAUUUAUAUAUAUUUUUUCGGCCUUAAUUCUGUGCUUCCUGUGAAUUAACGAGGAAACCAAAGAGCGGCGAUCAACAAGUGGAAACCGAGAAACUUUCUUCGCAAAAGCCGGCUGAUCACAAAAGAGGAGCAAGAAAAAGAGAGCGAUUCUCUCGGACUUUUUUCGACUCUGGAAUUUCUUCACAUUUCGUCCAACAUGGCUCCUUACGUUCGGGUGGCGGCGGUUGAUCAGGAAAGCCGCCUGGAUGCGUUUCUGCUUUGAUCGGCUGUGCUUCGCAACCAAGCGGCCAGCCCAAAACUCCGGUAGCAAUGCACCACCAGCAAACUGCACCACCAGUAACCACAAUUCCAGCAGCAGCGAGGCGCCUCCAGCGGACGUAGCCAGUGCCUCCAAGCCGAGCGAUCCGCCCGUCAGCGAGUUCUUCUACGCCGAGUACCAGAAGCUGCAGCCGGCGAUAAUCAAUCGCGACUGGGAUCGGGAUCGCGAGCGGGAGAGGGAGAGGGAGCGGGACAGAGAUACGCGGACCGAGGCCAAGCCGCCGGACAUAGAACCCCAGCGACAGCCACAGCCCCAGCCAGCGGGGCCACAGACCCAGCAGACGCACCAGCAGAUAGAGAGCCAGAAAGAGAGAGACAGAGAAAGAGACAGGGGGGAGAUAGCGAUAGAGAGGGCUCCUCCGGCGGAGAGAGAGCAGCAGCAGCAGAAGCAACGGUACCGGAGGCACAGCAGUGCCGAAGAUCGCAAUCUGAACACGAGGAGACCCGACCCGAAUUCGAAUUCUACGGAGGUGGUGCGAAAAGCGGCCAGCAUGCAGCAGGAGCCGAACGCCAACUAUCAGUUCCCAAACGACUUGGGGCUGGUGAGCAUCGUCAACAACAACGCCACCGCCAGUGGACAGAACCUCGGCGGCAACCCCAACAACAACAAUAACAAUAAUAAUCUUGUGGGUGGCAUUGUGACCUUGCCGACGGCUGGCGGUGUAAUUGGCCUGGAGCACACGGCAUCGGGCUUGCGGCUGAUCCCCGCCCCGCCGACCCACUCGGAGGUGCUGACCCACACGCUGAUCUACGGGACGCCUCCCUCCGGAGCGCAGCAGCUGCACCAGGACCCGCGGAGCCUGCUGCACCAGCAGGAGCUGCAGCUGCAGCAGCGCUACCAGCAGUUGCAGCAGCUCCAGGCGCAGACGCAGGGCCUCUAUACCAGCCAGGGCAGCCCGGUGCUCUACCACCAGCCGCCCAGCCAGCCGGUGGCCAUUCCCGGCGCCAGCUGCCCCUCCCCCUCGCCCACGCAGCUGCAGCCGCCCACCUCGCUGAGCCUCCAGCAGCAGAUGCAGGGCCUCCGGAUCUCGGGCUGCCCGCCCGGAGGCGGGGGCGGAUCGGCCACGCCCUCCCCAGUGGGAAUGGUGGAUCCCGGCAGCAUGAUCGUGGGCAACUACGUGGCCGCCUCGCCGCAGGAGGAGCGUUUCAUCCAGAUCAUCCAGGCCAAGGAGCUCAAGAUCCAGGAGAUGCAGCGCGCCCUCCAGUUCAAGGACAACGAGAUCGCGGAGCUCAAGUCGCACCUGGACAAGUUCCAGAGCGUCUUCCCCUUCAGCCGGAGCAGCGCGGCGGGCUGUGCGGGCACGGGCGGCGCAUCCGGUGGAGCGGGAGGCGGAGGAGCCAGCGGGCCCAGCACCGCCACCGGAGCCACCCGGAAGUCCGGCCAGAACUUCCAGCGGCAGAGGGCGCUGGGCAUCUCCGCGGAGCCGCAGAGCGAGUCCUCCCUGCUCCUGGAGCACGUCAGCUUCCCCAAAUACGACAAGGAUGAGCGCUCCCGUGAACUUAUCAAGGCUGCCAUAUUGGAUAAUGACUUCAUGAAGAAUCUGGAUCUGACGCAGAUCCGCGAGAUCGUCGACUGCAUGUAUCCGGUUAAGUACCCGGCCAAGAAUCUGAUCAUCAAGGAGGGCGAUGUCGGCAGCAUUGUGUAUGUCAUGGAAGAUGGCCGCGUGGAGGUGUCCCGCGAGGGCAAGUACCUCUCGACCCUCUCGGGGGCGAAGGUCCUGGGCGAGCUGGCCAUCCUGUACAACUGCCAGCGGACGGCGACCAUCACGGCGAUCACCGAGUGCAACCUGUGGGCCAUCGAGCGGCAGUGCUUCCAGACGAUCAUGAUGCGGACGGGUCUCAUCCGCCAGGCGGAGUACAGCGACUUCCUCAAGAGUGUACCCAUCUUCAAAGACCUGGCGGAAGACACGCUCAUCAAGAUCUCCGACGUCUUGGAGGAGACGCACUACCAGCGGGGCGACUACAUCGUUCGCCAGGGAGCCCGCGGCGACACCUUCUUCAUCAUCUCGAAGGGAAAGGUGCGGGUGACCAUCAAGCAGCAGGACACGCAGGAGGAGAAGUUCAUCCGGAUGCUCGGAAAAGGAGACUUCUUCGGGGAGAAGGCCCUCCAGGGCGAUGAUCUGCGCACGGCGAACAUUAUUUGCGAGUCCGCCGAUGGCGUCAGCUGUCUGGUCAUCGAUCGCGAGACCUUCAAUCAGUUGAUUUCCAAUCUGGACGAGAUCAAGCAUCGCUACGACGACGAGGGAGCCAUGGAGCGCAGAAAGAUCAACGAGGAGUUCCGGGACAUCAACCUCACGGACCUGCGCGUCAUCGCCACCCUGGGAGUGGGAGGCUUCGGCCGCGUGGAGCUGGUCCAGACGAACGGGGACAGCUCGAGGUCCUUCGCCCUGAAGCAGAUGAAGAAGUCGCAGAUCGUGGAGACGCGCCAGCAGCAGCACAUCAUGUCCGAGAAGGAGAUCAUGGGCGAGGCCAACUGCCAGUUCAUCGUGAAGCUGUUCAAGACCUUCAAGGACAAGAAGUACCUCUACAUGCUGAUGGAGAGCUGCCUGGGCGGGGAGCUCUGGACGAUCCUGCGGGACAAGGGGAACUUCGACGACGGCACCACGCGCUUCUACACCGCCUGCGUGGUGGAGGCCUUCGACUACCUGCACUCCCGGAACAUCAUCUACCGGGACCUCAAGCCGGAGAACCUGCUGCUCAACGAGCGCGGCUACGUGAAGCUGGUGGACUUCGGCUUCGCCAAGAAGCUGCAGACGGGCAGGAAGACGUGGACCUUCUGCGGAACCCCCGAGUACGUGGCUCCCGAGGUGAUCCUCAACCGGGGCCACGACAUCAGUGCGGACUACUGGUCGCUGGGCGUGCUCAUGUUCGAGUUGCUAACAGGCACCCCUCCCUUCACGGGCUCCGACCCCAUGCGCACCUACAACAUCAUACUUAAGGGCAUCGACGCCAUCGAGUUCCCCAGGAACAUCACGCGCAACGCCAGCAACCUGAUCAAGAAGCUGUGUCGCGACAAUCCCGCCGAGCGUCUGGGCUACCAGCGCGGGGGAAUCAGCGAGAUCCAGAAGCACAAAUGGUUUGAUGGCUUCUACUGGUGGGGCCUGCAGAACUGCACGCUGGAGCCGCCGAUCAAGCCGGCGGUGAAGAGCGUGGUGGACACCACGAACUUCGACGACUAUCCCCCGGAUCCGGAGGGUCCUCCGCCGGACGAUGUCACGGGAUGGGACAAGGACUUCUAGGAGCUCCGCUCCCGGACGACGCUCUCUAAACCCCGGAGGAGAUUCAGCUAGGGAGGAUAAAUUGAUCUUAGUGCGCCAUAUGUACGCCAAAGCCAACAGCAACAGUCAGCAGCUCGCACCGAAAAGCUGCCCAAAAACAGGAUAAAGGAUACGUAGCAGUCGCAACGAAAGCACAAUCAUCCAUCGCCUCAGCUCCUUAGAACUUAGAUCGUAGAUACGUCCGCCGUGACGUCAUCCCAUGAUGUGCAACGCAAUGAAUUUAUUAACGAGUUUACUAUAUAACUAUUACUUUGUAGUGAGGAAGUGUGGAGUGGAGUGUAGUGCGCCCGGAAUCGGUGUAAAUUGUAAGUAGGUCCGUGGCUCUGGUCCAGAGCUCUGUUAGCCAUGUGCAUUGUAUAAAUUCGUUCUACUUGUAUCUAUUAAAUACUAUUAACCUAAUUAUGUACGUCAUUGUUUGUUGAAAAACGCAUACGAAUCGGGUUGCCUUAUAGUCUGUAAGAACAUUUUUGAGCAACAUCUGACCAAGAUCUUCCGUCAUACCCGCUGAAACAUUGUUAUACUGCUGUCAAGCGAUCUAUCCGAUCUAUCUUUCAUUAGUCUUAGCGAUCAUGUCUACUAUUUGUACGAAUAAUGCGCCUACGCCCUUUUAAUUGUCUUUUAUAAGUAAACCAGUUAGAAAUUGAAUAAACAAAUUUAUGCGAUGA